CCAAGCUGUGUGCGGAUUGGCAGCUUUGGAAGAGGCGUAACCAUGACAAGUAGGAGGGAAGUUGGGUCUGCUCCCAGCGCCACUAACCUGUAGGCAUUACCUGCAUGGCAGUAUAUAGUGUGUCGGGGCAGGGCAGGGAGAUACUGGCAGCUGUCUGAGGAGGAGAGAGCAAAGUUUCCCCAGAGGCCACGGAAUGGGCUGAGCUGUGUGCUGCCGCAGCUUAAGCAAUGUCAAUAAUACGUAGCUAUGCUUGAGAGGAAAUAGCUUUUAAGUGACUGGCUCCCAUUAUCUCUCCAGUGCACAUGCAUGUGCCGAGCUGCUCUAUAUUUAACUGACUGACACAUCCCUCAAAGUAUGCGCUGCGGCCGCUGCUGCUGGAAGCCCGGAACUAUUUGCCUGUGGGAACUCUGAAGUGCAAGAGCUGCCUCCAAUUGUGUCUCUCCCAGCAAACUUGUGUCUCUCCCAGCAAACUGGUGUCUCUCCCAGCAAACUUGUGUCUUGGCUGCUGCUGCUGUUCCCGGACUGUAUCUCAGCAUUGAGAGCGGCACUUGUCACAAGAGGUACUGUUCCACUCCUCCUCACACUUCCCAGCAACUUCAAUUGAAGGGACCCAUUACUACUGCACUGCAAUAUACUGGAUCCUGGGGGCUUCCUUCCACUGUGGUGCCUCAGAGGUACAUGAGAUGAUGCACCCACCUGCCUCACAUCAACUUUCCAUUCACCAUUAUUUUACAUAGAAGGGAAUUGUUGGUACUUUCUGUCCUGCUCUCUCCUGUGCCCAUGUAAAGAGAGACAUCUCAUAAUUCCACCAAUCAGCAUGGAGACCAUCAACCCCUAUGUGACAGUGCAAGCACCCAGUGAAUCUGGGGGAUUUAGUAGGGAGCAGUUAGGAGCUGCUGAACUCCCAGGUGGGUCAGUCCCUACUUGCCCUGUUUCAGAGCCCUCUGCUGGGGCAGUAUGUGAAGGUGCCCAGUGGUUGAGCAAGCAAAGGUCUCUGCGUGUAGUGUAUGUACUCAAUGACAGCCCAAAGUCAGCGAUGGGGGGCAGCCCGGAAUCUGGGGCCCUGCACUGCCUGCGUCGGGCCUGUGAAGGAGAAGGGGCGCAUCUCAGUAGUGUCAAUUUUGGGGAGCUGGACUUUGGGGAGACUGCUGUUCUGGACACCUUCUAUGAUGCAGAUGUUGCUGUUGUGGAUAUGAGUGAUGUGGGAAGGCAGCCUUCUCUUUUCUACCACCUUGGAGUGCGAGAAAGCUUUGACAUGGCAAAUAAUGUUAUCAUUUAUCAUGAUACUGACCCUGAUACCUCUCUCUCUCUAAAGGACAUGGUGUCCCAGAAAAACACAGCCUCUAGUGGUAACUAUUACUUUAUCUCAUACAUUUUGACGCCAUGUGGGGAUUAUUUUUGUUGUGAAACUGAUGCCCAGCGGCGAGCCUCCGAGUACAUGCAACCAAACUGGGACAACCUCCUGGGACCUCUGUGUGUUCCUCUAGUGGACAAGUUCAUAAGCCUACUGAAGGAUAUCCAUGUAACAUCAUGUGCCUACAACAAGGAGACCCUACUUAGUGACAUCAGAAAGGCAAGAGAAAAGUACCAAGGGGAUGAACUCGCCAAGGAACUGGCCCGUCUAAAAUUACGCAUGGACAACACAGAAGUCCUUACUCCAGAUAUAGUAAUUAACCUGCUGCUGUCAUACAGAGACAUUCAAGACUAUGAUGCCAUGGUUCGGUUGGUGGAAACGCUAGAAAUGCUGCCAACUUGUGACUUAGCGGAUCAGCAUAAUAUCAAGUUCCAUUAUGCUUUUGCUCUAAAUAGGAGGAAUAAUACAGGGGAUCGUGAAAAAGCUCUGCAUGUUAUGCUUCAGGUGCUGCAGGCUUGUGACCAUCCGGCACCGGACAUGUUCUGUUUGUGUGGAAGAAUUUACAAAGACAUGUUCCUUGAUUCUGAUUACAAGGAUACCAAAAGCCGGGAUAGUGCCAUUGAAUGGUAUCGCAAAGGCUUUGAGCUCCAGCCAUCAUUAUAUUCUGGAAUCAAUCUGGCUGUUUUACUUAUUGUUGCUGGGCAGCAGUUUGAAAGCUCCAUGGAACUGAGAAAAAUAGGUGUGCGACUGAAUAGCCUUCUGGGAAGAAAAGGAAGCUUGGAGAAAAUGAACAAUUACUGGGAUGUGGGUCAGUUCUUUAUUGUAAGCAUGCUGGCUGGUGAUAUCGGGAAAGCAGUGCAAGCAUCUGAGCGCCUCUUUAAACUCAAGCCUCCAGUUUGGUACCUGAGGUCAGCAGUACAAAAUUUGCUCUUAAUUCAGCGAUUCAGGAAGCUCAACACUGAACAUUCUCCAAGACAAGAAAGAUUUAAUUUUUGGAUGGAUAUAAUUGUCGAGGCGACAAAAGAGUCCACAAACGGCUUAAGAUUUCCAGUUCUUGUCUUGGAGCCUACAAAGGUUUAUCAACCAUCUUAUGUUUCAAUAAACAAGGAAGCUGAUGAGAGAACCGUCUCCCUUUGGCAUGUAUCUCCUGUGGAAAUGAAAGGCAUUCAUGAAUGGAACUUCACUGCUUCCUCAAUCAGAGGCAUAAGCAUAUCUAAGUUUGAUGAGAGGUGCUGCUUUCUGUAUGUUCAUGACAAUUCAGAUGAUUUUCAAAUCUACUUUUCUACAGAAGACCAGUGCAACAGGUUUUGUACUCUUGUGAAAGAGAUCAUAACUGAUGUGGUCGGCAACACUGUGGAGCUGGAGGGGGAGGCAGAUGGAGAUACAUUGGAGUAUGAAUAUGACUAUGAUGAAAAUGGCGAUCGAGUCGUUUUAGGAAGAGGAACUUACGGAGUCGUGUACGCUGGUAGGGACCUCAGUAACCAAGUCCGGAUUGCCAUCAAGGAGAUACCAGAAAAGGAUAGCAGAUAUUCCCAACCUCUACAUGAGGAGAUAGCUCUACAUAAAUAUCUGAAGCAUCGCAAUAUCGUGCAGUAUCUCGGAUCCAUUUCAGAGGAUGGAUAUAUCAAGAUAUUCAUGGAGCAAGUUCCAGGAGGUAGUUUGUCCGUUCUAUUGCGUUCAAAAUGGGGACCUUUGAAGGAACCCACCAUCAAAUUUUAUACCAAACAAAUCUUGGAAGGACUGAAAUAUCUUCAUGAAAACCAGAUUGUGCAUAGAGACAUAAAGGGGGAUAAUGUUCUAGUGAACACAUACAGUGGAGUAUUGAAGAUAUCUGAUUUUGGGACUUCCAAGCGCCUGGCUGGAGUGAAUCCAUGCACUGAAACAUUUACUGGAACUUUACAAUACAUGGCUCCAGAGAUCAUUGAUAAAGGGCCCAGAGGAUAUGGUGCUCCUGCUGAUAUCUGGUCUCUUGGUUGUACAAUCAUUGAAAUGGCAACUGGCAGGCCUCCUUUCCAUGAACUGGGGGAACCCCAGGCUGCAAUGUUUAAGGUUGGUAUGUUUAAAAUCCAUCCAGAAAUCCCUGAAUCCCUAUCAGCAGAAGCCAGAGCUUUCAUCCUGCUCUGUUUUGAGCCUGAUCCCGCGAAGCGUGCUACUGUAACUGACCUGCUAAGAGAUUUUUUCCUUAAGCAAUCAAAUAAAGGCAAGAAGAGUAAAAUUGCUUUCAAACCUUCAGAUUAUAACCGCAGCACAUCACUGCCUAUCCCAGUUCCAGGGGAGCUUGCUGGCAGCAGCAGUAGUGAGCAUGGAUCCGUGUCCCCCGACUCUGAUGCAAAGCAAGAACUGUUUUUCGAAAAGACCAAGAGGUCAAAUUCAGAUUUUCCCAUCAACAAAGGUUCAAAUUCCAACUUUUUAAGUGUUCCAGAUGACAGUUCUGUAUCAGAGGAUCGAAGUAAUCCUCCUUCACCAGAGGAAAGAGACUCUGGCUUGUUCCUGCUGCGGAAAGACAGUGAGCGACGGGCAAUUCUCUACAAGAUCCUAAAUGAAGAAGAGAAUAAAGUGUCCUCGCACCUUCAGGAAUGUCUUAUGCAGAGUUCAGAAGACGUGCAGCUCUCAGUCACCCAUAUCAAGCAAAUAAUCAGCAUCCUAAGGGAGUUUAUCCGCUCUCCAGAGCAUAGAGUCAUGGCUUCUACUAUUUCAAAACUCAAAGUGGAUUUAGAUUUUGAUAGCACAUCCAUUAACCAGAUUCAGCUCGUUCUGUUUGGCUUUCAAGAUGCGAUCAACAAGGUGUUACGGAAUCACCUAAUUCGGCCACAUUGGAUGUUUGCUAUGGACAAUAUCAUACGCCGUGCAGUGCAGGCAGCAGUUACCAUCCUCAUUCCUGAGCUUCGAGCUCAUUUGGGUCCUGCCUCAGAGAGUGAAGGAGUGGACAAAGAAGUGGAGGAUGAAGAUUACCAACCAGUGGUGCAAAACGGCACAGAGGAGGUGGUGAUAACAUCUGGUGUCAGCACCCUCAGCUCAGUAGUUUCCCAUGAAACACAAGGCCAGCAAACCAACCUGCAGCUGGGCAAACUGCGGCAAGAAACAAACAGGUUGAUGGAAGAGCUGGUGUUAAAGGAAAGGGAAUACCAGCUGAUUUUAAAACAGUGUUUGGAGCAGAGGAAUCAUGACUUACAUCUUCUUCAAAUCAAAUCGAGUCCAAUUGAUAUUCCAUCAACGCCUGUACCUUAUGUGUCCCAUGAAAGACCCACAGACCAAGAGCUUGUUAACUGGUUAAGGGAACUUGGCGCUGAUGAUGAUGUAGUAAACCAGUUUGUUGAAGAAGAAUACACCCUGUAUAAUGUACUGCAUGAUAUCACCAAAGAUGAUCUGAAAUCACUGAGACUCAGGGGAGGAGAGCUCUGUCGGAUCUGGAAAGCCAUAACCAAAUACAGAAAGACUAACAUUCUAGCUGAUGUUGACAAUUAACGAAACAAUGCAUCUGGCGCACCACGAAUGUGAAUGGUCUCACGUGGAAGAAAGAAACAUUCCAACUUUUAAAUUAUUUAACUUUUGUACAUCCCUGUAUAGAAUCUCUUUUCUGUGAAAGUCAUAAUUUGUGUAGAUGUUUUUAAAGUUCUCUUUGCCAAAGUUUUCUUUUUCAAUGUAUUGCACAGCUGUAAGCACUUAAUACACAGUUCUGUGGAUUAUUCAUGUACUAAUGCUUAUUUACAAUUCCACUUUCUCUAAAAUAAAAUAUGUAUGUCACUGCAAACAAUACAGUAUAAACCAGUGGCCUGCAACCCAUAA